AUGUCGCUGCAGCGCGUUUCCGUCCGGGCUGGUAGCCUCGUGCGCGCUCGCUGCGCCGCCGCCGCGCCUCAUGUCCCGCCGCCGCGCGUCAGCCUGCGGCACGCCAGCAGCACGGCGGCUCCCGCCUCCGUCGCCGACACGGGGUUCUGGAAGUCUCUGGUGCCGAAGCCGCUGCGCAAGGAGAACCGGAAUAAGCUGCGGAGCAAGUCCAAGGAGUGGAACCCCGCGACGUACUUUAUCGUCAUGUUCCUGUUCAUCGGCUCCAUGUCGAUCCAGAUGAUUGCCCUGCGCAAGCAGACGGAGCAGUACGCCAGACAAUCGUCCAAUCGGAUAGCGCAGCUGCGGGAGGUCGUCCAGAGGAUACAAAAUGGGGAGGAAGUCGAUGCCGAGAAGGUCCUCGGGACGGGCGACCCGCAGAGGGAAGCGGAUUGGGAAGAGAUGCUGAAAGCGAUUGAGAAGGACGAGGCAUCGCGCAAACCUCAAAAGCAGGAGAAGCAACAAGCCCCAGAGCCGAAAGAACAGAAAGCGAGUCCCCCUAAGAGCAGCGACGAAGCAUCCGCCACCGAACAGCAGCCGGCGAAGACGAAGACUGCAAGUCUCGGCAAUUUCUUUUAA